GCAAGUAGCCCCAAUACUCUGCCCGAGGUGUUUGUAUCUACAUUUAGAAAACCACGUCACUUCCAAAUUCCUGACAUCAACACAACGGUUAAGAUUAGUGGCACCGGAUUCAUCGACCGCCGAAACUGUCAUGAGUCAACCACAUCUCCGAUGGCUUCAGUGAAUCAUAUAUAGGGAAGCACAUGGAUCGGAUGUCAUGGGAUGGAAACCUGCUUGAAUGUCUGGCUGAGUGGAGAAAUAUCAAGUUGCAGAACAUCUCCGAACAUAGAUCAUCUGUCUAUUGAGAGUAUUACAGAAGGUGCUAUAUUAAGUGAGCGUGAGCAGGAUGACACUCGAGCGUAAUGCCCAACCCGAGUACACACAGCAGAGCAUGUCGACCGCGACAACCUGUACCUCCAAAGCCAUCGACAUACCCAAGAAAGAUGAGCCGAUGUUCAGUAGAAACAGCCCCAACAUGCUCAAUGUCCUCACAGCCAGCUCGGACUUCGAGUUCUCAAAUAGUAUGCUCCGUUUGGAGCAUGAAGUCGACCAGCUGAGCCUCACAGAGAAGUCGUCGUCCGACUCCACACCAUCCCCCACAUUUGCCCGGUCAGCACCUGUAACUCCCAUACACAACCCAUCAGGCAGUGUGGACGUGGGCUACCGGGAUGGGACACAGAGAGGGUUCUUCGAGGGGCUGCUGGGCUGCCUCCGUCCGGUCUGGACCAUCAUCGGCAAGGCAGCAGCUGCAGAGCUGAAACAACAAGAUGACUGGGAGAUUCCUUUUGAGAACAUCACUGACCUGCAGUGGCUGGGGAGUGGGGCGCAGGGCUCAGUGUUCCUUGGGAAGUUGACAGGAGAGGAGGUAGCAGUCAAGAAGGUCCGUGAUGUCAAGGAGACAGAUAUCCGCAAUCUCCGCAAACUCAACCACCCUAACAUUAUUGCUUUCAAGGGAGUGUGUACACAGGCACCCUGCUACUGUAUCAUCAUGGAGUACUGCCCCUACGGUCAGCUGUACGAGCUGCUUCGAGACGGCAAGGAAAUACCACCCACACUCAUACUAGACUGGACCAAACAGAUAGCCAGUGGAAUGAACUACCUCCAUUCGCACAAGAUCAUACACCGCGAUCUUAAGUCACCCAAUGUGUUAGUGGCCAGUAAUAAUGUGGUGAAGAUCUCCGACUUUGGCACGAGUCGAGAGUGGAAUGAGAAGAGCACCAAAAUGUCGUUUGCCGGGACAGUGGCCUGGAUGGCGCCCGAGGUCAUCAGGAAUGAACCCUGCUCUGAGAAAGUGGACAUCUGGUCGUUUGGUGUGGUGGUUUGGGAGCUGCUGACAGGAGAGAUUCCAUAUCGGGAUGUGGACUCAUCAGCCAUUAUCUGGGGCGUGGGCAGCAACAGCCUUCACCUCCCGGUGCCGUCAACCUGCCCAGACGGUUUUCAGUUGCUCAUGAGACUCUGUUGGAGUGCCAAGCCCCGCAAUCGGCCAUCAUUCCGGCAGGUGUUGAUGCAUCUGGAGAUAGCCUCCCCAGAGCUGCUCAACUACAGCCGAGAGGACUUCAUGGAAGAGCAGGUGAAGUGGCAGGAGGAGAUCCGUGAGCUGUUCAUGAAGAUGCGGUCCGAGGGAUCUCACUUUCCGCAGCUGGAGGAGGAACUGAUCCGACGCAGGAAGGAAGAACUCAGGCAUGCCCAGGAUGUAAGGGAGCACUAUGAGCGGAAGUUGGAACGAGCAAACAACCUCUACAUGGAGCUGACGGCGUGCAUGUUGCAGCUGGAGAAGAGGGAACGAGAGCUGAUCAAGAGAGAACAGAUGCUGGCAUUGUACUCAAAGCGACGGAAAAGUAUUGUCCGUCCAAUCAUCAAGGCCCAGGAGAAGCUGGAUAGAAUUGGGAAGAAGAGAUGCUACAGAUCGUCUGAUCCUGCAAGUCCGGACUCCCAGAAGACAGAAGGUAGCAUGACCACCAGUUCUGAACAAGUUCUUCCAUCACCCACCAAAAUGCGCUACCGCAAGAACCGUCAUCGUCGCAGCAACAGCCGUGGAUCACUGAAGGAUAUUACCUCGCCUAUACGAAGCCCAUCGAAGGACUCCAGUCAAGAUGAAUCAAAAACUAAACGGGUGACCUUGCAUCCAGGCCCAGGUUUGGCUGUGAGAAGAGAAAAGAAAAACGAAUCUGACUGUCCAGAUAAGAACAAGAAUCAGAACUUAGACGAGCGUAAUUUGAACGAUGUCUGUUUCGGGUGUGAUGGAGGAUGUAGUGAUAUCACAUGCAGCAGCAAGAGGUCAAGUCAGGUCAGCUCGGAUGUUGAAAGCAAUACGUGUGACUCGCCAUGUAAUAGCCCGCGGCAUCAAGUUCACCAAGUGUAUAAUAUUGUUGAGGUUGAAAACACCAAUCAACCUGACUUUCAAUCAAAAACAACAAUUCUAGAAAAAGACUCGAAUGAAAAUCUGAAUUGUCCCAUCGACACAGCAGAUAUAGAUAUCAAAGACAUUAAGGAAAUUACAAGUGAGGAUACUAUUAUCAUCACAGCAGAUAAUACAGUAGGACUAAGGGCAGACAACUCAGUGUUAGAAAAUGCCCAAACUGUGUCUGUAUCAAUGAAGAGGACAAGAAGUGAUCCGGAAAUUUUGCCAAAAUGUUUGUCACCAAAUCUGCCGAGGCUGCGAGACAAGUCUGAUAAGAAAGUUGCGGUUAAAUUCAGAAACGUCAAGCAUUCAGCAGACACUACGUCAGAAGAGGAAGGGGAGGUAAGCGAGGAUGAAGCCCGGCGACGGAACCUGUGUCGUCAGUCUAUAUCCACGCUCAGCUCCGAGGGAGGUGUGUUCUCCGAAGAGGAGGAGAACACAAGUGAGGUGUCACAUAACAUGGGGCUUAUGUCCACCAACAGCGCCGAAAACCUCCAGAUGGAACUAGCCAAGUGUACAUAUGCCUCUGAUGGACUGUCGGACCGCGAGAUGACCGUCAGGAAGAUGAAGAGCCAAGUUUCAUCUCCUCCAGAGAGGAUAUACGAGAACCCUCGCUCAGAUUCCAGUUCGGACUCCGACGAGUGCUCCAAUUCAACUGUAUCAACAGUUCAGAGAAAACGAUCCUUUGAAAAGAAACAGUGGUAGCCAAGGGUCUUCACUUUGGAAAAGACUUUGUUUUGAGAGAGGCAGCAUUGACGAUAGUCACAAGACUUUCGCCAGUUAGAAGAAUAGGACCUUCAAGUUGUGUCACACGUUUUGAUAUCUGCUUGCAUCAUCUUGUUGAAAAACAAGAAAGAGAGGAAGCAAUUUCUUAUCUUGUAGACUUGAAUCUAGUUUUGCUGUCUGGCAUGUUAAAGUUUUUUGUCGGUGGAAUCAAAUUGUGGAUGUUCCAGUCCCAUAUUGUUUUGAUUUCCUUGUCAUAAUGUUUGUAAGAGAGUGACAAAGGAACCUCUGUGUAGAGGAGUGUCAAGGUAUGGGACCAGUGUUUGUAAGAGAGUGACAAAGGAACCUCUGUGUAGAGGAGUGUCAAGGUAUGGGACCAGUGUUUGUAAGAGAGUGACAAAGGAACCUCUGUGUAGAGGAGUGUCAAGGUAUGGGACCAGUGUUUUCUGCCUCAGGAUCAUUUGAACUCAGUGAUAUUUUCAUUUUACUGCUUAACUUUUGCCUGUGAGCUUGUUGAAACAGUGCCAACGUACUGACGCUAUACAAGUGCAUGCUUGGUCCUGCUUGUCAAUUUGCGGGCUUGUGGGCAUCGUUUCAGGAUGCACAGACAUGUGUGAUGAGGGACCUACUGAAGUUUCUGGCUCCAAGGACUUUGCUGGAACUAUUGUUGGAUUGUUUUAUUGAUUAUGGAACAUAUAUCACAUGGAGUGAUCAUGCUUUCACAGGGAUUUUAACACAUUGACACGAGUAGGUGAUAAUUGUGGAUUACUGAAGGAUUAAUUGAUGAUAUAUUUUACAGUCGGACGUGACAGAUGUGGUUGAGUGAGAUGUUAUGAGUGUUCACACAAGGAUUCCCAGGGUUUGCCGUUGCAGAUGUUUUGCGAUCGUCAAUUUUCAAUUAUUCAUCUGUGUUAAGCAUCAAAUUUUCUGAAGUUAGCUGUGAAAUUUUACUGAAGGUAGCUGUGAAACUUUCAAAAGGUAAAUUCCACGGCAAGUAUAUAAGAUCUUGGCUGAAUUAUCGUGACCUAAUUGAGUAAGUGCAGUGUUAGAUUAACACAAAGACAAUGGGAGUAGAAAGACAAAGAAUUCUUCACACAAAUAUCCACCUUGUUGUUGAUCCAAUGAUAUAGGUAACAAAUGGCUGUCGGUGUUACUGUGAAUUGGUUGCAGAUAUGAUCGCUACAAUACGCCAUCAUUUGUAGAUUUUGCAGCAAAGUUCAAAGGGGUAAAACGUUUAAAAAAACACAAAAAUGACCAAAAGCAACCAGUGACCAUUUGAAUAUAAGAACCCCUUUGUAUUUUUCUGCCAGGCUAAAGCUGCAGUUGUUUUUCAUAACAUUCUGCAUAUCAUGUUCAUAUCAAAGCAAGUUACCAUGUCAUUUUCAGUGAUGAUUGACAUUGUUAUUGCCACCAAACUCUCAUCCAAUCAGAUAGUGUUGUCAUUUUUUUUUGCUGUGUCAGCAUUUCUGAUUGGAUGAGAGUCCAUGCAUUUGGUGCAUUUUCUUGUUUUGUUGAUGUUUUUUGUGUGUCAAAGCUUUAUCAAUAUCCUCCCGUUUUACUCAACAUCAGUUUUGUGGGUUUGUGUACACUACAGGUGGGUUUUAAAUGGUGGAGUGUUUUGUAGAAGUAGACACUUACACCAAGUUUAUCAAAGAAUAUCUUCUUUUCCAACAGAAACAGCAUUUGUUGUGGGAGACUUUCUGGCUAGUCAGAAGCAAGAAUCUAGAAAAAAACACUUUUGUCUGUAAAGCCUAGCUUAAGACAGCAGAUAUGUUUAAAGUAUAUUCUAAAUAAGAUGAGAAGAAAAGUAUGUUCUAAACAGAUGGGAGAAGCAGAACUCAGGCUGGAAGAAUCCAGCCUUGAUUAACUACAGCUGGAAACAUGUUAGUUGACAAGCAGUUCCACAUCAGACAAACAGAUAUGUGAGGAAAAAAGUCAGUGUUCUAGAAGUGAUUUGAAGUCAUUCUUUCCCCGGUUGGAAAGGUUUCUACAGUGGGUCCGGAUGCUGGUGGUCCCAGGUGUCUGCCAUGUAGUGUACACAGACUCCAUCAUGUGCCACAAGUGAAGGCAGCUGACCAUGUUGACUGUACUCCGCUUCCAGAGUGUGCGUGUUGUUUAUUAAUGGAUAGCUGCGGUAGUAGUAGGACAGGCUGUCUCAAACCAACUCCAAAUGGUCUUUUAGCUCCUCAUUGUAAUCUCAAAUGUGCAACUACCUGCCCAUCUUAUCAACAAACUGGGUAUUUGGGUUAGUAUGUCUCAACCAGUCUCUUAUAAAUAGGGGCGGUGGGGUAGCCUUGUGGUUAAGGCGUCUGCUCGUCACGCCAAAGCCCUGGGUUCGAUUCCCCACAUGGGUACAAUGUGUGAAGCCCAUUUCUGGUGUCCCCCGCCGUGAUAUUGCUGGAAUAUUGCUAAAAGCGGUGUAACACCAAACUCACUCGCUCACUAACUCUUAUAAAUAAAUCAGGCCGUACUGCCUGCUACUUUCCCAUGACAGUGAAAUAUCAGAACAGCCUUUCAUCAAACUAAUAACAGUGACAGCUGGAACAUACAACAUUGAACGAUAAUAACGGGAUGUAUGCCUGAUUCAAUCAAAAUCAUCUGUCUCACCUCAGUUAAUAAUCGUUUGAAUGAGGAGACUUUCAUGGCAUGUGGAAAUUGCUGCCAUACAGUCUUAGAGAUCUAUUCCUGAUCGUAGAGUUUUCAAAUUCAACAUAGAGAACUUUGUCUAAAUAAUUUUCAAAGUAAAGUCUGGAAUGAAAAUUCCUAUUUGAGACAAGCAUUUUAAAGCUAGUGAAAACUGUAAUCUUAAAGUCUCUGUUAACUUCCUGCUUGUCAUUUCAUAGGACAAGUUUGCGAAAGGUUAUUUUGACCUGACCUGUAAUUGGAUGUCCCCAGAUUUUUGAGUCUCAAAACAUAUGAAAAGGCAUAUACACUGUCUUUCAUAUGGAAGAAAAGGGCCAGCAUGUGUUUGAAACAAGAGUGAGGUUUCGUUCACAUUGAAAAAAGGGCAUAUUCAUUAGGUUAGAAUAUCACGGUCUCCCAUCCUUGCAUCUUUGAGAAAUGUUUUUUGCUAAACUAGACACAGCAAUAUUUCUUUGGAGAUGGUUUGAGAAGGACCUGAUUUGUUUGCUUUGAGAGGUCCAGGUUAUCUAUACAUAACGUAGUUCAAGAAAAGCUAGAUUCUGAUUAAAUUUUUUUGUUUGAAAGUACAAGGGAAAUAACUCUUUUAAGGACUUACUAAGGGACAUAACUGUCAAGGUAGGCAUGGUAAAUUGGCUGUUGUGUACAAUGCAAUAGUUUCAGUCUGUGAUUUCAAUAACACACUUUGUGCAAUAAUAUGUUGAUACAUUCCUUCCCCUUGCCUCAGCCUGUUGUUAAUUAAAGUCAUUAAUUAGUGUUCCUACAUAGUGAAAUAUAUACCGAUACAUUUCAUAGUGGACCUUUCAAAGUGAAGCAGGAUUUGUGAGGGAUGUACAGAGUGUUUUGGUUUUUAAGAUUUGUUUAAGUUUUGUUUGGUUCAUCAUCCAUCGAAUAUCAUACCUUUAUUUUUCUUAUGGAAAAGUGCUUUUGAUGCUAUUCACUACUCUGUUUUCAGAGUGCAUCAGAUAUAUUUUUACUUUUCAAGUAUGUAUUACAAUAUGUGUUUCUAAUUCAGUCACAUAUCAGUAUUUCAUCAUACGCUGCGUGUUCAUUUCUCAAUUGUUUUCUCCCUUUCCAUCCAUAUCCAAGUUGGGCAUUUUGUAGCCUUCUUGAACAGAUGGCAUUAAGUUGUAUACAGAAACUACACCAGUAGAUUAGAAGGAAGUUUACUGGAAAAAUACUCGCAUUAGGAUAUUAGGACAUUACUAAAAAGAAGUUAGAUUUUUAGGAAUAAUUUCAAGAAUAGAUUGCAGUAAUGUGAGUGAACAUUACUGGUAAAUCUUUCUGAAUAUAGUCUUACUAACACCAAAGAUUUAUUUUGGUUUGAAGUAUUAAAUCUCUUCAUUAUGUUUUGUUUUACCAUGACGGUAUCGUUGACUAUGAUUUUACUUUUCCCAUGAUCUCAUUGUUGACAUCUUAUGAAGAUUGUUGAAGGAAAUGCAGGAAUGUGCAUAACAUGGCCAUUCUUAGGAGCAGGGUUUUUGACUCAGUUAAAGGCACUGACAAGUGUUGAAAAUUUGAGUUGAGUUUGCAAAGCAUUGUUUCAUCAGAAUUAAUAUUUAAUUCACAGAUUUAAUUUAAAAGGAACCAUAUUAGUCAUUUAGAUCAUCUGUAACCCAACCACUGUUACACUUGUUUUGUCUCCAAUUUCAGAUAUUUUUGUAUGAGUUUCUUAUUCAGACCAUAUCCAUAUUUAAUUUGUUUUUGUUCCUUAUUUUUUAACAUAUCCUAUUUAUUUUCAAAUGAUUAUCUUAUUCACAUACAUUUCACGUAACAAAGGUCCAAUCAUAAUCCAGUUUCAAAGGAUUAGCCAUACUCCAUCGUCACAUACAGGAUUAUCAGUCGGUUAUAAUCAAAGUUAUCAUUUUGUACUUGUUUAAUAUACAUGAUCAGGGCUGGUCCCAUGGUAUUUUGUAGUUUCCAUAGCAUAUCACAACUCCAGGAUUAUUUACAGUAUUUAUAUAAACAUCCUCGUUUAUCUCCUGUAGAAUGGUUUAGGGUCAUGGCUACUCGUGAGCUGUGAUCUGUGGACACUUGGAAUCCACAUUUGAUAAUUCCCAAUGAAAAUCACUAAACCACAAUAAAUACCAACUGCAAUCAGGAUUAAAAUAUUCAUUACAAAAUGAACCAUUGAAGGACUAUGAUGCCUGAACAUGACGGUUGCUUAACAGAAGUUUCGUUGUUCAGGAAAACAAAAUUGUUUAGAAUAGAUUUAGAAUUAUUCAGUUAUAAUUUGUUUGGAGUAAUUUCCUAUGUUUGUUUCAGUUUUCAAAGCCCACUUUCAAAAGAAUAUUUUGUUAGGAAGUAACUGUUUAGGCACAGCCGGACAGAUUCUUUUCAUGAUUGAUGGAUUUGGUGAACAUGACAUCAAGGAAAAUGAAAAAAUGUUGGGGUUGGUUUGUGGUAUUUUAGGCACAAAAAUAGGCUAAAAUAUCUGUCCUUAUAUAUCAACAAACACAAACAAGAAAUACAAAUUCAAAUACUCAAACAUAUCUAUAAGCCAUGAAAAUACAUUGUCUAGCUCAAUUUAUGUUUCCUUAAAAAAUGUGAGUUUCAAAAUCAUUGUGUACGUUUUUUGACAGAACUCAAUCAGGAAAUGAAAAUAUAUUGUUUCAUCAGUGGAUUUAGUAAUGCCGUUAUUGUUUUAGGAUCACAAUUUUUCACCAUCAUCAUCAGUUAUUUAUUUGUGAAUGAAAUGAACAUGUUGAAACUGAAUGAAAUAAACAUAUGUAAAAUGCCAAACUACUAUUUUUUUGGUUGGUGUGAUGCCUUUUGAUCUGCAAAAUGCUACACAAGUCAUUGUACACUUACCAUUUUUGACACAAGAGUAAAAUAUUAUUAAAUCCAAACAAGCGCUUGUACUAAGAAUUUGUUGUACAGUGAAAUUAACAACAGAAAUGUUACUGAAUUUGUUAAUUUUACCAAAUAUUACCUCAAAUGGUCCAUUCCUGAAAUAAUUUUAUUCACAGGGUUGUUUUCCUGGGUGAUAUUUUGUAUUACCUUUUGAGUAAUAAAAUAGUAAUCUAGAUCUGUAUUACCCCAUUCAAAUUGGUUCACGAUUGUGCUUGUCUUGUUAAUUUUGAAGAUUUUUCUGCUCUCUGUUGCAUAGACUAUUGUACAUUCCAGAGUCAUGUAGAGAUUAUUUGUGCAUAUGUAAAUAUGAUAUUAAUAUGCAAUCUGUUGUGAAGUAAAUAAAUAACAAGAGGUCAAACUGGA